AUGAAUAACCAAAGCAGAGACUCUUGGGACACAUCGGGGUCACAAAACCAAGACAAUCCACAUCAGGCUCGUCCUCCUGCAAAUCGACGAGCAGGCCGUGGACCAGCGUUUCAUCAACCACAUGGAGCUGCAGCGAUUGGCCCAUCAAGUUCCACGAUAUCACAAGGAACCUCCGUGUCACAGCAGCAUCAUACAAUCUCCAAUGAAAGUCCCUUACCCCCAACAAUUCAACGAUUUCUAGGUGAUCGAUCCAAUGACAAACGGAAGAAUGCAGCGCUUGAACUCGAAGCGAUGGUGAAGGUACUCCAAGAAUCCAAUAACCAUCAAAUGAUUCAAAUCGUCAUCGCCGUCUUGUCAAAGGAUUUCUGUACAAGCAUGAAUUCGAACUAUCGAAAAGGAGGUUUGGUAGGCUUGGCGGCUACUGCUAUUGGACUGAUGCAAAACUCCAAGAAUUACUUGCCAGUGUUGCUUCCUCCCGUGUUGCAUUGUUUUGAUGAUCCCGAAAGUCGAGUUCGAUAUUACGCCUGCGAAAGUCUCUACAAUAUUGCUAAAGUGUCUCGACAGGCCAUCCUUGGUUACUUCAAUCAGAUUUUCGAAGGGCUGACGAAACUAUUUGCAGAUGUGGAUGUCGAUGUGAAGAAUGGUGCCAAUCUUUUGGACCGGCUCAUCAAGGAUAUUGUCACGGAGGCCGAAUCCUUUCAUGUCGCACAAUUUCUACCUCUUUUGCAAAAUUACAUUCGACGCACCAAUCCAUACAUUCGCCAGCUGAUCAUUGGCUGGAUCACGCUUUUAGAUUCUGUCCCCGAUAUUAAUAUGCUGGAUCAUCUGCCCGAGUUUCUGGAUGGUUUGUUCAACAUGUUGAGUGACUCCAAUCGAGAGAUUCGUCAAGCUGCCGACUCGGCACUGUCAGACUUUUUACGCGAGAUUACACUGAGUUCGGUAAUGGAGUUUGGUCCAAUCAUUUCCAUCUUGGUCUUUCAAUGUCAAAAUAAGGAACGUCUGAAUCGAUUGACGGCCAUUACUUGGUUGACGGAAUUGAUCAAUCACCCACACUCUGGAGGCGAUGCUCUCUUGCCGUAUCAAUCCGAUAUUCUUGGUGCAAUCAUGUGUUGUAUAUCAGAUGGAGAAAUGGAAAUCAGAGUUGUUGCAGAGCGGACCAAUGAAGAUCUCCUUACCCUGGUAAAGGCAACACAUGAAGACUUUGAGCUGAAAACCCUAUUGGAAACCCUCACAAAUGAGCUUUUGAACAAGGAAGAUGUUCCAACCAAAAUGGCAGCUUUGGCAUGGAUCAAUAUGCUCAUGGAGAAACGAAAAGCAGACAUGAUUGAUUACGUGGAAGAACUCAUGCCAGUCUUGCUCCGUACACUAUCAGAUCCCAGUGAUCCAGUCGUCCUUUUGAACCUUCGAGUUUUAUCCAGAAUAUCUUUGGCCCAGCGGAAUGAGCUUGGUGGUGCCGAGAAAACAGAGGAGGCCCAAUUUCAGUUGGUACUGAACGCGAUUCUGAAUCUAUUUCUCAAGGAUAGACAGUUGCUCGAGACACGUGGGUCGUUAAUUAUCCGCAAGCUUUGUGUACUGCUCAAUGCAAAGAGUGUUUACAUACGACUUGCAGAUGCCUUGAUGCAAUUCGAAACUACUGUCGAUGGUCAAGUGACAAACGCAGAAACAUUGGAAUUUGUGAGCACCAUGGUCCAAACGCUGAGUCUGAUCCUCCUCACGGCUUCCGAGUUGCACGAUUUGAGAUCCGAACUUGCGAAGAGUAUUGUCAAGACCAAUGUUCGACCAGUCAAACGCCUCCAAACGAAAAAUGGCUCCAUAACUGGCGUCUCACAAGUCUUCUCGACUCUGUUCCGAUGCUGGUGCCAUAAUCCCGUCUCUACCUUUUCUCUUUGUUUGCUGGCAGAGGCAUAUCACGUGUCGUUUGCACUUGUCAAGAGAUUUUCUCAAGUAGAUGAUGUGUCGGUUGGUUUCCUGAUGCAAAUUGAUAAACUUGUCCACUUGCUCGAAAGUCCAAUCUUUGUUCACCUAAGGUUGAAACUGUUGGAUGUGGAAUCCAAGAGUCACGCACCACUGCUCAAGAGCAUAUAUGGUAUCCUUCUGUGUCUACCACAAGGAGAUGCAUUUCGAUUACUGAACAACAGACUCACAGCCGUCUGUAAUCUGAGAGACAAUCUUGGUCUUAGCAAAUUGCCCACCAAGGACGAAGCUUUUCCGAAAACAGAGGAGCAAGUGACUGUCGAUAAACUACUACAACGCUACGAUCAAGUUCGGGAGAUGCACAAAGUUGCAACGGAACGGCAACGGAGUCUUGCCUUCCAAGCUGAACAAGAGCAAGCUCUUGGAAAAAAUUCGCCUACACUUCGCACGCUUGAAGCACAGUUUCCCGAACAAGUGACGGGAAACUCGAGUGUGAAUCCAAUCGCAACUAUAUCAUCAAGGACCUCAACUGAUGCCGGGAUUACAAACAAGAUGGGGAGAUUCGACAUAUAG